AUGUCCAACCCCUUACCUUCAAUGCCUCCCGCAAGACCGACGGCCAUCCCUGUGGAUGCGCCAUCAUCCACCUGGGAUCGCAUUUCUUCGUGGGUAUCAGAAAACAAGGCCGUUGUCUACACCAUUGCUGGCGUAGCCGUUGUUGUCACUGGUGCUGGAGUAGUCUAUUACUUGAACUCUGACUCGAAGGCCAAGUCAGACUCAUCGCCUAAGCUCAGCAAGAAGGAGAGACGGAAGAGAAAAGAAGCCGAGCGCAAGGCUGCCGAGACCAAGGAACCCGCCCCAGCUACCUCCCAAGACAAGACCGCCGCCGUGGAGAGCGAAGACGAGCUCCCCGAGAUUGACGAGAACAGCGUGACAAAGCUGUCUCCCGAGCAGCGCGAACAGUAUGCUGCCAAACUGAAACAGGCCGGCAACCGAGCCUAUGGUGACAAGGCAUACAACAAGGCCAUUGGCCUCUAUUCUCAGGCGAUUCUUUGCAAGCCCGACCCCGUAUUCUACUCCAACCGUGCCGCCUGCUUCAGUGCUAUGAGCGAGUGGGACAAGGUCGUUGCAGAUACUACUGCCGCCAUUACCAUGGACCCUGAGUACAUCAAGGCCAUCAACCGCCGAGCCACCGCCUACGAACACCAGAAGAAGUACUCGGAAGCUCUUCUCGAUUUCACGGCAUCCUGCAUCAUCGACAACUUUAAGAGCGAAUCCACAGCCCAUGCUGUAGAGCGACUCCUCAAAGUCUUCGCCGAACACCGUGCCAAGGAGAUGAUGGCCUCUCGACCUGCCAAGUUGCCCAGCCCCAUUUUUGUUGGCAACUACCUCCAGAGCUUCCGACAGAAGGACCGCCCCGAGGGCCUUGAUGACUCUAUCGAGCUGGAUGGUGAGACUGGCAAGGGCCAGUUGCAAAUCGGCCUCCAGGGUCUGGACAAGAAGACUGGCGAAGGAUAUGAGGAGGCCAGACAGGCCUUCGAGAAAGCCCUCGAGUUGGGCGAUCUCGGCGAGCACGAGGCUCUCGCAUACAACCUCCGCGGCACCAUGCGAACUCUACUUGGAAACCACGCCGAGGCCACUGAGGACUUCGAUAAGAGCAUCGAGCUGGACCCCACCAUGAUCCAGAGCUAUAUCAAACGCGCUAGCAUCAGUCUGGAGCUUGGUGAGCCCGAAAAGGCUGACGCUGAGUUCGCCAAGGCUCUGGAGCAGAACAAGGACGAUCCUGACGUCUACUACCACCGUGCCCAGGCCAGCUUCAUCAAGGGCGACCUCGCCGAAGCCCAGAAGGACUACCAAAAGUCCAUUGACCUGGAUAAGGACUUCAUCUUCUCUCACAUUCAGUUGGGCGUGACGCAGUACAAGAUGGGCUCUAUUGCCUCGUCCAUGGCCACCUUCCGCCGGUGCAUCAAGAACUUCCCCAAGGUCCCCGACGUCUACAACUACUACGGUGAGCUGCUGCUCGACCAGGGCAAUUUCUCUGAAGCCGUUGAAAAGUUCGAUACCGCCAUGGAAAUGGAGAAGCAGACCAAGCCCAUGUCAAUGAACGUCUUGCCCCUGAUCAACAAAGCCUUGGCCCUGUUCCAAUGGAAGCAGGACUUCAAGGAGGCCGAGCAGCUGUGCCAGAAGGCGCUAAUCAUCGACCCCGAAUGUGACAUUGCCGUCGCCACCAUGGCCCAACUCCUCCUCCAGCAGAACAAGGUCACAGAAGCCCUCACAUACUUUGAGCGCGCCGCCGAACUCGCCCGCACAGAAGGCGAGAUCGUCAACGCGCUCUCCUACGCCGAGGCCACCCGAACACAAGUCCAAGUUACUGAGAAGUACCCCAAGCUAGCAGCCAAGCUGGCCGGUGGUGGUGGUCCUCCCGGCUUCGGUAUGGGCCGAUAA